UGAUGUUGGAAGCUACAGUACAGCGCUCCGUUUAUUUAUAUAUUUAUCAUUAAAUUGGUUUUAAAAACAGGAACAGUCGCUGAGGGGGUUUGGUCACGGUGCGGAUGAAUAAACGCUUUCGGCUGGAUUCAUGAAGGUUAAAGAGGAAGUCACCAUUGCAACUCCAGUUAUACAUUUACAGUGUCGGUAACAAUGGAUCUGUUCAGUCAUAAGGGAUUUUUAAAACGUUAACACUCCAAAAAAAGUGUGUGAGGAGGCACGGCCACCGCGGACAAUCGCUGAAAUGAAAUGAGGCUCAGAAAUGGUACUGUUGCCACUGCCAUCAUCUUCUUCACAUCCUUGCUCAGUCUGUCGUGGUAUACAGCCUGGCAGAACGGAAAGGAAAAAUUGGUAGCGUAUCAGCGGGAGUUUCAUGCGCUGCGUGAACGCCUGCGAGUGGCUGAGCACCGAACCUUGCAGCGCUCUUCUGAGUUAAACACCAUUCUGGAACAGUUCCGGCAUGCCAUUGCAGAGACCAACGGCAGCAAGGAUGCCCUCACCAACUUCUCAGAUGAAACCCAGAAACUGCUAAAGGAGCUGGCUCACAGGAAGCCUCUCCAAGUGCCAAAUAUCUACCAUCACUUGCCGCACCUCCUCAACAAUGAGGGCAGUCUUCACCCUGCUGUGCAGGUGGGCCAGGGACGCACUGGAGUUUCUAUGGUAAUGGGUAUUCCAACUGUAAAGCGGAAAGUCAAGUCUUACUUGUCCGAGACACUGCACUCGCUGAUGGAUAAACUGUCUCCCGAGGAGAAGCUUGACUGUGUUAUCAUAGUCUUCGUAGGCGAGACAGAUAUUGAAUAUGUGCACAGCGUGGUCUCAAGCCUUGAAAAAGAAUUCUCUACAGAGCUGAAUUCUGGGCUGUUGGAAGUCAUCUCUCCUCCUCCCAGUUACUAUCCAGACUUCACCAACCUUAAAGAGACCUUUGGGGAUUCCAAGGAGAGAGUAAAAUGGCGAACAAAGCAGAACUUAGAUUAUUCAUUUCUCAUGAUGUAUGCCGUCAGCAAAGGAGUUUAUUAUGUUCAGUUGGAGGAUGACAUUGUCGCGAAGCCUAACUACUUUGCCACGAUGAAGAACUUUGCCCUGCAGCUGGCUUCUGAAGACUGGAUGAUCCUUGAAUUCUCACAGCUGGGUUUCAUUGGUAAGAUGUUCCAGGCACCUGACCUGAAUCUUAUAGUGGAAUUUAUCUUCAUGUUCUACAAGGAAAAGCCAAUUGACUGGUUGUUGGAUCACAUUCUCUGGGUGAAAGUUUGCAACCCAGAAAAAGAUGCUAAACACUGUGAGAGACAGAAGUCCAGUCUGCGGAUUCGCUUCAGACCAUCUUUAUUUCAGCAUGUGGGCCUCCAUUCGUCCCUGGCUGGGAAAAUCCAGAAACUCACGGAUAAAGACUUCUUGAAACCAUUGCUGCAUAAGAUCCAUGUAAACCCACCGGCAGAGGUGUCCACCUCCCUUAAGGUGUACCAGGGUCACACACUAGAGAAAACCUAUAUGGGAGAGGACUUUUUCUGGGCCAUUACCCCAAUGGCAGGAGACACUGUCCUUUUCAAGUUUGAUAGGCCAGUCAGCAUAGAGCGGUUCCUGUUCCGCAGUGGAAAUCAGGAACACCCAGGGGACAAAAUUGAGAACACGACAGUUGAGAUUCUGCCCUUCGCGAAAACAGAAUUGAAGACCAAAGAGAAGUACAAGCAAACAGAGGACCAUUUUUACAGACUUGCUGAGUUUGAAAAUGGUGUGGCAGAGGGAAAAGUCGAUCCCGUCUUUAACCCAAUAGCUGCUGUGCGUCUCAGUGUCCUGAAAGACUCUGCGGUGUGGGCCAUUGUCAGUGAGAUCCACAUAAAGAGACUUGCUGGAUAACUGUCUGUCAACACUAGUGAGGGUGCCUUGAGGCCCGACAUUGCUGUAAAAACCCUUGCAGGGUAUACUGAACAAGCGCGCAUCAUCAGAGUGCACAAGCCCCAAUCAGGGUGUCACUCUACGGAUGCCGUCUCUUCAUCCCUUUACCUUUCUCUGUUCCUGUUUUCCUCGUUUCUUCUGUAGAGCUUCUCGUUUCUUCCUUAAAACUCCUGCCUUUUCUUUUAAAGGAUUUUAUUUUUCCAAGCCAAAUUUCUUCUUCUUCAUCCUCUUCUGUGUCAAUGUGAAUACUACUGUACAGAAACAAGCUUUGCGAAGUAGGAAACAAGACGCUGACGGUUUCCUGGUGGAACUGUGAUCAGUGCUAGACUGAAUGUGCAGGAUUGAAUGCUGGUUUUAAACAGGUCAUGCUUUUUACUGAAGGAGUAUGUUAGUACUGUAUCAUCAACCAUCAGAUUAGUUGACAUAGAUGUUUACGAUUAUUGAAGACAAAAUAAGGCAGACAUUUUUUGUCUUUUUUAUUAUUAUUUUAUUGUUGCUGUAUAUUUUACAGGUUUUUAGAAAAUAAAUCGUUUAUUAAGUUGGUUUAUUUAACAGUGCAUUUGCACAGCACUAUGUUAAGACAUAUCCUAAAUGACUACUUUGCCAAAAUGUUUUAAAAACGAAUUUGUAAAAGACAAAACCGUAGCUUAGGUCCCUUCCUGUUUAACAGAAAAGCCCCCACCCCCAGGAUAUCCUUUGAUUAGUCAGCUUCAGACAAGAAUGGCCUUUUGUUCAAAGGAAUAUACUAUUAAUGUUGUUUUGAUGAUCUGUUAAGGUGACUUAACUUAUUUGAAAUAAAUCUUUCAUUUUUACCAGA